AACAAAAUGUCAUCCUUUUUCAAAUCCAUAACCUUUUUGUUCCUAGUUAUCAUAAUCAAACAUAAUCCCAUCAAUGCCGCCAGCAUCACCAUCCGAAACAAUUGCCCUUACACCGUUUGGGCCGCCGCAGUGCCAGGUGGAGGCCAAAGACUCGGUCAAAACCAAGUUUGGACCAUAAACCCACCCGCGGGCACGGCAGGAGCCCGCGUCUGGGGCAGAACCAAUUGCAACUUUGAUGGGUCCGGUCGAGGCAGGUGUGAGACCGGAGACUGCAAUGGGCUCCUCCAAUGCCAGUCUUAUGGAAGCCCUCCCAAUACAUUAGCUGAGUACGCAUUAAACCAAUUCAAUAACUUAGACUUUUACGAUAUUUCACUCGUAGAUGGAUUUAACGUACCAAUGGACUUUAGCCCUACCUCAAAUGGGUGCACUCGAGGCAUCCGUUGUACUGCGGAUAUUAAAGGGCAGUGCCCGAAUGAACUUCGAGCACCAGGUGGGUGUAAUAACCCAUGCACUGUGUUCAAAACCGACAACUAUUGUUGCAAUUCGGGUAAUUGUGGACCGACUGUUUAUUCGAGAUUUUUCAAGCAAAGGUGUCCUGAUGCUUAUAGUUAUCCUAAAGACGAUGCAACAAGUACCUUUACUUGUAAAGGAGGAACCAAUUAUAGGGUUGUUUUCUGCCCAUGAAACACAAUAAUUGUGGAAGGGAGCUUUAGUUUCUAAAUGUAUGAAAUUAUCAUAAACCAUAACUCACUAGUAAUAAGUCUAGAAUAAAAACGAAAAGGUUUAUGAUCAAAUAAAUGUUGUAUUGUUGUAAUCAUAUUUAUGUGUUGAAAUAAGAUAAGCUCCCUAUCAGGUUUUACUAUUGA